UCGCCAAAGUCGGGCCAACUGUGGGCACUAGUACUUGCCAAAGUUGGGCAAACUCUGGCAAUCAAAACUUCGCUUGCCAAAGUUAGGCCAACCUUGGGCCAACCUUCAAACUCUGGCGGCCAACCCAAAUUCGCAUCUGGGUAAUGGCCGGUUUAAUGCCAUUAUAACAUAUUUUGUUUGUUUUUUAACUCCUUCGCAGUACUGAUUUGGUGUUAUGCCAGUACUGAUUUUAAUACUUUUUUAACUCCGACGUAUUACUGAUUCGGUUUUGGAGUCAGUAUACUCCCAGUACUGAUCGGCUUCCGAAAGUCAGUACCGACGGUCAGUACUGAGUCAGUACCACCGGCAGUACCAUGCCGGUGUUUAACUCCGUCCGAAAUUCGGACAUUUCUACUUGGGACGGGAUACAUAGCAUAAAUUCGAAAUUUUCAUAUUAUUGAUAGUUUUUCAGUAAUCUAAAAAAUCUAAUUUAAUCGAGUACCCGAAUUUAUCAAGUAUUCGAAAUAUUCGUGAUAUCGCAUGCAAUCGAAUUCUCGAAAAUUUCAAGUAUUCCAUACAUAGCUUUUGAAAUGAAAUUUAAAAAAAAAGAGAGUUGAAAUAUCAUUUUGAAGCCCGAAUAAACUGACAGUUGAUAUAUCAUUUUUCAUAAAAGUAACACUUUUAAUAAAAGUUUAAUUGAUAGUCAUAACCUCAAAUUAUUCCUUGCUUAUAUCUCCAUUCAUGGUUUGGAUUGUUUUCCGCACUUGGGGAAUGUGAAGUUCAAUAUGAAAGAAAUCUCGAAUUGGUAUUUUAUUUAUUCAAUUCACAUAUUUGCUCCGUUGUCGUUUAGAUACCCAAUAAUUUUUAAUUGGUUCUAAAUGUUUUUAAAGGUUGCAGCCAAGGCAAAAGUAGGAUUAUCAUCUGAAGUGCAACGGAUAAUUAGAUAUGCGGUUGAAGAAAAUGAGGAGUUCAAAAAAGAAUUAGCUUUAUUAUUACAAAAAAACAAAAAUGCAUCCUUUACUAAUACCACAUACGAUGUUAAGAAGGUUGCAAUCAAGAAAAAGAAGAAAGGUAACGAAAAUAAAAGUAAUGGGUUCCAAAGCGAGGCAAGAUGCGUCAGAGAUAAAGAGAAUAAUAUGUAUGUUAUUAGAACUGUUCCUGGUGAUGGAAAUUGCUUGUUUCACUCUCUUGCAUUAUGGCUUACUGAUCAAGAGAAUCAUAUAUAUAAAAACGAUACGCAUAAAAUAAUACGCCAAAGAAUUGUAAAUCAUGUUCAAUGUAACUGGAAUGAUCUUAAAUAUAAUUUACAUGCUACUCAAGAUGAAAACGAAAAAAAAUGUAACACUUUUGCGGAUUAUAAUGAGAAGAUGGGGGGAAAUGGAAAAUAUGGUACUGAUUUUGAAAUUGGAAUGUUUUCACAAUUAUACAAUGUCAAUGUACAAAUAUUUAAGGAAACAGAAAAUCAUGAAAUUGUGAAAAAUAUUGGAAGAUUCAACACUCCGGACAUUACAAAUAAUUCAACAAUUAUGUUGUUUUUUUCUAGAAGUGAUAGAUCGGGACAUUUUGAACUAAUAGAAGAAUUCCAUUAUUACACAAAAAAGAUGGAAAUUAAGAAACAAGAGAAGAAGAGAAUGGAAUAUAAAGAAGAGAUAUUAAAAAAAGGAAAAGAGAACAAUAAUGUGUCAGGGAAAAUAGCAGAAGAUGAAAUAAAGAAACCAGAGGAGAAGAGAGUAGAAUAUAAAGAAGAGAGAUUAGAAAAAGGAAAAGAGAAGAAUAGUGUGUCAAGGAAAAUAGCAGAAGAUGAAAUAAAGAAACCAGAGAAGAAGAAAGUAGAAUGUAAAGAAAAGAGGUUAGAAAAAAGAAAAGAGAAGAGUAGCGUGACAGGAAAAAUAUUAGAAUAUGAAAUAGAGAAGCCAGAGAAGAAGAGAAUUGAAUGUAAAGAAAAGAGAUUAGAAGAAGGAAAAGAGAAGAGUAGUGUGACAGGAAAAAUAGCAGAAGAUGAAAUAGAGAAACCAAAGGAGAAGAAAGUAGAAUGUAAAGAAGAGAGAUUAGCAGAAAGAAAAGAGAAGAGUAGUGUGACAGGGAAAAUAGCAGAAGAUGAAAUAGAGAAACCAGAGAAGAAGAGAGUAGAAUGUAAAGAAAAGAGAUUAGAAGAAGGAAAAGAGAAGAGUAGUGUGACAGGAAAAAUAGCAGAAGAUGAAAUAGAGAAACCAAAGGAGAAGAAAGUAGAAUGUAAAGAAGAGAGAUUAGCAGAAAGAAAAGAGAAGAGUAGUGUGACAGGGAAAAUAGCAGAAGAUGAAAUAGAGAAACCAGAGAAGAAGAGAGUAGAAUGUAAAGAAAAGAGAUUAGAAGAAGGAAAAGAGAAGAGUAGUGUGACAGGAAAAAUAGCAGAAGAUGAAAUAGAGAAACCAAAGGAGAAGAAAGUAGAAUGUAAAGAAGAGAGAUUAGCAGAAAGAAAAGAGAAGAGUAGUGUGACUGGGAAAAUAGCAGAAGAUGAAAUAGAGAAACCAGAGAAGAAGAGAGUAGAAUGUAAAGAAAAGAGAUUAGAAGAAGGAAAAGAGAAGAGUAGUGUGACAGGAAAAAUAGCAGAAGAUGAAAUAGAGAAACCAAAGGAGAAGAAAGUAGAAUGUAAAGAAGAGAGAUUAGCAGAAAGAAAAGAGAAGAGUAGUGUGACAGGGAAAAUAGCAGAAGAUGAAAUAGAGAAACCAAAGGAGAAGAAAGUAGAAUGUAAAGAAGAGAGAUUAGAAGAAAGAAAAGAGAAGAGUAGUGUGAUAGGGAAAAUAGCAGAAGAUGAAAAAGAAACACAAAAGUUGUCUGCAACUACUUUUAAUGAAGAAUUAAAAGAGACAAUUUGUACAGAAACACAAGUAGUAGUAGACAAUGCAAAAGAUUUUUCAGCUUUUGACUUCAAUGAAGAGACAGAAGAAAUGCAUUCUUCCAAAUUUCCAAAAAGUAGGGACACAAGAAAGGAAAAAAAUCAUAAUUCAUCAAGAAGAAUGGAUAAAAAUAAAUAAAAUUAUAGACCUUAAUGAUAAUAAGAAUGAGUGCAAUGAGAAUGUUAUUGAUGAGUGUGAUGAAAAUAAAUAUAGUUGCAAUAAAAAAGGUGUGAAUGUACGUCGUGAAAAUAAAAUUACUUUUGACCAAAAUAGUUGUAAUAAAAAUAUGAAAGAGGACGAUAAAUUUGAGAGUAAUAGUGAUUUAAUAAUUGUCAAAAAUGGUAAAAAUGAGAGUAGUCGCAAUGAUAUUAAUAGUAUAAAUAAUAAUGAAAAAAAGAAGAAUAAUAAUGAGGGGAGUACUUUUAAUGAUAUUGAUGCUUAUAAUUAUGAUAAUUAUAGUACAACAAAUAAUGAGUUUAAAACGAAUGAGAGUGAUGUUAAUGAGAAUAGUUGGAA